AUGUCACGUGUCUCAAAUAGUUUCUAUGACGUUGUUGUCCAAGAAAUGAAUGACACGUAUUUUGCUAAAGAACAACAAAGGAAAGUAAUGUUAGAACAACUGAAUACAACGCCUUUACGCCUCCCAGAACUUUCUCAAAUGUCUUAUACUAUCACAAAAAAAUUAAGGAUUCAACCCCCACCUAUUAGUGUUGUCAACUCUAUUGGGUCAAUCAAAGUACCAAAACAACAAACAUUACAAAUACAAGGCAAUUUUACCCCUCCACCAUUCCCUAUGAAUACUCCACCUCUCCAAAACCAAACAAAAUUUUCUUUACCACCAAAACUACAAAGCGAUAUGACACUCCCUCCUUUACCAAAUUACGAUAUACCGAAAAGUAAGGCACAAAGUUUCCAACACACAAAUACAGUCUUUUCUAAAAUGAUCUCCGACAAACUGAAAGCCCCACGGACUUUUGCAGAUUUACAAAAACAACGAAAAGAAAUCACUAGUCUCCAUGGACCAGAAACUAAAGAACGGCCGAAGAAACAGAGAAAGCGGGUUCGAAUGGACAGCAAACGAACGGAACAGUCUGCGACGGAGGAAGAGCCAAGUUUGGGACACGUGCCAUAUUUGCGAACAAAGAAACAGAAUUCAUCGCCCGUAGCACCUUCGAAUUUUAAAGAUGAAACCAUGUACAUGCGAGUUAGAAGAAUUCUUAAGAAUGAAGCAACGAUAUUGGAUACGGAGACAAUCAACUUAUUGAGCGCAAACACAUUGAAUUAUAUGGUCACCUUUGGAUCAAGUGUGAGAGACUGGAAGGGGGAGUGGAUGAAUACCAUUGAUAAAGCGGCAUUGCAGAACUGUGUUGUCGACAAAUUCAUGCGAGAAAGUGUGAGUGGAGGAGACAAUGGGAUGUUCGAACAAAUCAUUUUCCUUGAUAAGGCGAGACGAUUUCUGAAAAAGGUUGAAAUAGGAGAGGUGGAAAGAAGUGUAUGGGAGAGGAGGCCAAUCCAAGAGAAGUGGAGCUUUGCGUGCGAUAUACUCAUUUUAAAAAAGAUUUGUGACUUGGGGUUUGGAUUGGAAUCGGAGUAUAUUCAACAUCGACUUAUUCAAUAUGUUCUUGUGCUGUAUUUAAACAUCACAGAUAUCGAUGCACAAAUCGCGUUUGUGAGGGAAAGAGUGACUAAAAUAUCAAAGUGGUUGUGA